CUGCCUCAAUUUUCACGACCUACUUACACGUGACACGUGUAAUAUAUGCAUCUUUUCCUUACUUCCUUCUGUUUUUUAUUUGAAUGACCACUACUGCUGAUCAACAGCUACGACAGCGCAAUACAGCUCAAUCUACCAAGCAAAAUGACUGUGGCAGCAGCAGCAACACCCACAAGCAUGCAAAAGUAACACAAUCUGCCGCCAUGGCUACCAACGAUCACGAACGAUCAACGACCGGUUCACGCUUUUUCGUGUUUGCCCUGUGCCUCGUCUUUCGACUGAUAAACGCCUAUUUUACACGUACUUAUGAUAACCCUGAUGAAUACUGGCAGUCGCAAGAAGUAGCGCAUCAUAUGGUGUUUGGAUACGGGUAUCUUACUUGGGAAUGGAUAGCUCAAAUUCGUAGUUAUGCACAUCCGCUUAUGUUUGCUCUGAUCUAUAAGCUACUUGCUUGGAUGCAGCUGGAUCAAACGAAUUUAUUAAUUCUAGUACCCAAACUUUUCCAAGCAUGCAUGGCAGCAUUGACGGAUUAUGCAACCUACUCUUUAGCAAAACGCGUUGUUGGCAAUAACAUUGCACCCUAUAUACUGUUUAUAACGCUUUCUUCAUGGUACAAUUUCUUUAUGGCGGCACGCACAUUAUCGAAUGCCGUUGAGACGACUUUUACUGUUGUUGCUCUGAACUAUUGGCCAUUACCAUCCACCAUAACUGAUGAGUAUAAGUCAAAUAGCAGCAGUUGGGCCAGAAACUAUCGUAUAUCCCUCGUAUGGGCGUCACUUGCAUGCGUCAUGCGGCCAACAAAUGCUCUGAUUUGGCUGUUCGCUGGACUUUGGCUGGUGUUCAAGUCUCCAGGCCGUCAUCGAAUUACAGUAUUAGUCAAUGCAGCUACUAUUGUCACAAUUAUUCUGGCGGCCGAUGUCGCUCUUGAUACCUACAUUUAUGCAGGAGGACAAUCCAUCACCAUUCCUCAAGCAGUAGUAUGGACACCUAUCAACUUUCUCAGGAUCAAUGUUCUCCAAUCAAUAUCGUUGAUCUAUGGUGUGCACCCCUGGCACUGGUAUAUCUCUCAAGGCGUCCCUGUCAUCCUAACUACCUUGUUGCCGCUCGCAUUCUAUGGGUACCAUCAUUGUAGCGUUGAUGGUGGCAGUGGAUCUGAAAAAGACGACAAUGACAUUCGCUUUCUGGGCCAACUUAUUACAUGGGUGCUCAGUGUAUACAGUCUCUUAUCCCACAAGGAGUUUCGAUUCAUAUUCCCUAUUGUGCCUUUAAUGCUGAUCUUUGUGGCAGUCGGCCUAUCCCACGUCCCCUUACGAUGGCGGAAAUGGAUUGCCCUUGCCUUGGUAGCCACCCAAAUUCCCAUGGCGCUAUAUCUAUGUCUUUGGCACCAACGGGGUGUGACCGAUGUCAUGCUAUGGAUUCGUGAGCAACAAUACGCUGCUCCAAAGAACACAUCCAUGUCUGUUGGCGUAUUGAUGCCUUGUCACUCAACACCUUGGCAAUCCAUCGUGCAUCGUCCGGAUGUUGCCAUGUGGUUCCUGACGUGCGAACCGCCUUUCAACGAGUCAGACGACGGAUACGUGGAUGAAGCGGAUCGAUUUUAUGCUGAUCCGGUUUUGUUUUUAAACCAAGAAAUCGGACAACGUGAACGGCAGUGGCCAACCCAUCUGGUCUUUUUUGAAAACUUGCUUGAAAUGGACGAUGGCAAAAAUGCAAAACAAGUAUUGGUGGAUAGUGGUUAUUAUGAAUGUGCUCGUUUCUUCAAUAGCCAUUUCCAUGACGACUGGAGACGCCGUGGCGACGUUCUUGUUUACUGUCGUACAUGAGUAAAUACCCUAUAGUAGACACACAACCUAUCGUAUACACCCAAUGGU